AUUUUAUGCCACGAUUUUUUUCAUCUUACCCAACGAUCCGAGCUUGUGUCGGUAUCGCUUCUUGGAUUCCUGUAAUAAUUUGGAGUUUAGACCAUGGAUACACUAUAAGCUCUGUAAGCGGGCGAUCUAUGCAGCCAACAUUUAAUCCAGAUUCAAACAAACUCACUAGAGAUAUUGUUUUAUUGAAUCGUCAAGCCGCUAUUAGCCAUAAAUACAAAAGGGAUCUUGAUUGGGUUAGCGCACCAGAUGACCCAGAUAAGGUGAUAACCAAAAGAAUCAUAGCUUUAGAAGGAGAUACAGUUUUCACACUGCCACCAUAUCCAGAUAAAUUUUUAAGAAUACCGAAUGGACAUUGUUGGGUUGAAGGUGAUGAUGUGUAUCACAGCAAAGAUAGUAACACUUUUGGGCCG